CGGGCAAGGUUUCAGUCUCAGCCCGGGAGCAGCAGCGGAGGCGCGCGGGCGGAUCCGGCUCCGGACGAUGCGGCGCUUACGAUGCUGCGGCGCCUGCUAGUGCUGCUGGCCGUGCUCCUCAGCCGGCGCCUCGGCCCGGGCGCGCACGGGACAGAAUUGCCCGGCCCUCUGUCUGUGUGGUUUGAAGCAAAAUUUUUCCUCCAUGUCCUCCACUGGACACCCAUCCCAAACCAGUCCAGAAGCACCUACUAUGAAGUGGAGCUCCAGAGGUAUGGAAUAGAGCUCUGGAAGGUCAUCCCCAGCUGUAGCCAGGCCCUGGCGCUAUCCUGUGAUCUCACCACAGUGACCCUGGACUUGUACCACAGCAAUGGUUACCGGGCCAAAGUCCGGGCGGUGGAUGGCAGCCGGCACUCCAACUGGACCUUUGCCACCCGCUUCACUGUGGAUGAAGUGACUCUGACAGUUGGCCGAGUGAAACUAGAGAGGUACAACGGUGUCAUCCUCGGGACCAUCCAGCCCCCCAGGCCCAAAAUGGCCCCUGCAGGCGACACCUACGAAAGCAUCUUCAGUCACUUCCGCGAGUACGAGGUUGCCAUUCGCAAGGUGCCAGGGGAAUACAAGUUCACAAACAAGAAAGUGCAAAAUGAAAACUUCAGCCUCCCCACCGCAGGCGAGGUGGGGGAGUUCUGUGUCAAGGUGAAACCAUCUGUCAGCUCCCGAACUAACAAAGGGCUAUGGUCCGAAGAGGAGUGCAUCGUCUUCAGCAGGCAGUAUUUCACCGUGGCCCACUUCAUUAUCUUCUCCGCCUUCGUCCUGCUGCUGUGUGGAGCGCUGGCCUACUGCCUGGCCCUCCACUUGUACGUGCGGCGCCGGGGGAAGCUGCCCUCCGUCCUGGUCUUCAAGAAGCCCAGCCCCUUCAUCCUCGUCACCCAGCUUCCCUGCCCGGAGACCCGAGACACCAUCCACCCCCUCGACGAGGAGGCCUUCCCCAAGGUGUCCCCGGAGCUGAAGAACUCGGACCUGCACGGCAGCACAGACAGUGGCUUUGGCAGUACCAAGCCAUCCCUGCAGACUGAAGAGCCCCAGUUCCUCCUCCCUGUCCCCGACCCCCAGGCUGGUGGGACUCUAGGAAACGGGGAGCCCCCAGAGCUGGCGGGCAGCUGCAGUAGUGGCAGCAGCAACAGCACGGACAGCGGGAUCUGCCUGCAGGAGCCCAGCCUGAACCCAGACAUGGGGCCCACCUGGGAGCAGCAGGUGGGAGGUGACUGCAGGGGCCAGGACGACAGUGGCAUUGGCCUAGUCCAAAACUCUGAGGGACAGCCUGGGGACACACAGCAUGGCUCAGCCUUGGGCCAUGUCAGCCCCCUGCCACCUGAGGUGCCUGCGAAAGAAGACCCAGCCUCAGUGGCAUUCCAGGGCUACCUGAAGCAGACUAGAGGCACAGAGGAGAAGGCAACCAAGGCAGGCUGCCUGGAGGAAGAGUUCCCCUUGACAGAAGGCCUUGGCCCCAAACUCAGGACGUGCCUGGAUGUUGAGGCAGGCUGGCCUCCACCAGUGUUGGCCAAGGGCUACUUGAAACAGGAUCCCAUAGGAGUAACUCUGGACUCCUCAGGAGUCCUGACUGGACAACAGAACCAGCCAACUGAGGAGUGGCUGCUGCUGGGCUUGACCAGCUGCGGUGAAUUGGAAACAUGUGACUGGAGCUUACCCCAUGAUCUGGCCGCCCCAGGCAGUCUCCUGGGCAGCUUCAACUCGGACCCGGUCACUCUACCACUGAUCUCCAGCCUGUACUCGAGUGACUCAGGCUAAGUAGCUGCUUUGACUUCAGCCAUGCCUGGACCAGAAGGAGGGCCCCAGGAGUGAGCAGUGAAGCAUGUGACAGCCUGGCACUGCUCUGCGAGCCCUCUGGGGCCAGCCCUUGCCGGGUCCCGCAGGGCUGGCCAGGGUGUCCGGGGCAGAAAGAGGUCACCUCCCUGAACUGGUACAGGGAGUGUGGGUGGCAUUGGCUCGUUCUGCUGACUGGGGCCCUGCAGAUGGGCAGAGCUGAGACGGGGAGGGAGACCUCCCUCUCCUCUGGACUCCUUCCUGUAUUGUGGAAGGACGAUUUGGUCAGGGAAACCACGGGGUUUUCUGGAGUUGCGGUGAGGCUGCCAGGCUGAAGUCAGCUCAGUGUUCACCCUGCGGCCCGCCAAGUUCAGGGCCUCUAGCAGGAGGGAGGGCUGAGAGGAUGGAAGCCUCAAGGCCUUGCUGCAGGGGCCGUUUCUAGGGGCAAAGGGAGAAAGCAGAGGCUGAGUUUGAUCUCUGGGGUGGUCGAGUGGAGAAGCUCCCCUACUGGCAGGCCUCUCAGGCAGGGAGCGUGGCCUCGGAAGGUCUUAAGGUGUGUCUGCCCUGGAAGGCCAGUUAUCCAAUCAGUGCAUCACUAUGGAACCACAGGGGGACACGGGGAGCUGAGACCCUGAAUGGGGCAUCCAGCUCAGAACUGUCCCUCUGGUGGGGUAUCUCUGGUGUCCAUGUGCAGACACCUCCCCUCUCUCCAGCAAGCAGGGCAGCCCCCCCUGGGGCACUUGCUGUGGCCAAGUCACUCCCAUCCCCACCCUGCUGCCGUACCCUCUUGCUGACAGUUCCAAGCAAGCAUGGUUGUUUCUGCUGGUCAAAACCCAGCCCUUCAGGUAGCUUCCGGGCCUGGGCACCAGCUCGGGUCAGCCUCAGAGAGCUGGGGUUGGGACCUGCACUUUCGGACCCAGAGGACAGGGCGCUGGCCACUGGGCUGGGGUCACUGCUCUCUCAGUGUUCAGCUUUAUGAUCUUGGACCAUCUGCUUGUCAGAGGGCCUCAGUUUCCCCAUCUGUGAAAUAUGGGCUCCACCCAUAGGGCGUCUUCCCUGCUGCACGUUAGCCACACUGGCCUCUAGGGUGACAAUUCUGGCCCUGCCUGACUCUGGACUGGGAAGAGGGAGCCUCCAGAAGCCAUCUUCCCAGAGCCAGCUCUGUCUCAUGCCGAGCGAGGCUAACAGACCUAGCAGGAAUCCAUGACCUCAUGCCAAGAGAGUACCAGUGCCUGGGCCCAGAGAGUGGGCAGGGAUUGGCCCUGCGUCCCGACAGUCCAUUUGGAAUCUGUCUUCAAGCAAAAGUAGCUCGCCGUGCACAGGCACAGGAGCUGGGAGGGCCACCAGCCUGUGUGUGCCCUCCAGAGCCAUCCCUUAGCCCUGCGUUUCUCGGUCACAGUCUGCAAACAGACAUCCUGGCCCGGGGAAUCCAGCCAUGACCCCUACUGCCCAGACACCCUUAUGUGCCAGUCUGAUAACUGAACUCCCUCUGCAAACAGGCUUGAGGGAGCAUUCCUCAGGGUCCCUUGAAGGCCUUACUUAUUUAUUUUGUGCUUUUAUUUAUUGAAGAGGUAGCGUGGUACAGCGAAAGAACUCUGGGUAUCUCAGGAGGCCUGGAGUUCUAGUUCUGACUCUGCCGUUUCCAGCUGUGUGACCUUGGGCGGGUCACUUUUCCUCUUCUAGCCUCAGUUUCCUCACCUGGAAAACAAUGACUGACUUGUCUAAUUUGUAGGGAUGUGAGGUGCCGCUGAGGAAAUGGUUGUGAAUGUGCCUUGAACACAAAGCUCUGUAAAUGAGUGACGUAUGUUUUGUAUUCUAAUAAAUUGUCAAAACUACA